AUGUCUGCUACUCAAACAGUUGGUGCUACUACCAAAUUAAAUCAAAAUGAAAUUAUUCCUGCCAAAUCUGAUGUUGGUGCUUUAGCAAAUAGAAUUAAUUUAGAAACUAAAAGUUUACAUGACACAGUUGAUAAGCUAGUAACACUUAAAAUGGCUAUUGCUCUUAAGAAUUAUAAAGUUUAUCGUCAAGGUUUACAAGCAUUCUAUCAUGUUUUUGCUUCUAUUGAAAAGGCUUUAUAUCGUCAAAUGGAAGCUAAUGAUCAAUGGGCUGAUAUGUUAAAACAAGUUUGGAAACCAGAAGUUGCUAGAACAGAAAAGGCAGAACAAGAUUUAUUAUUCUUUUAUGAUGAUUGUAAGGAAAAGUUUGUUAACCCAAUGUUACCUGAACAAAUCAAAUUUACUGAACAUAUUUUAGAAGUUACUAAAGAAAAACCAUAUUUAUUAUUUGCUUAUAUGCAUGUUAUGUAUUUAGCUUUAUUUGCUGGUGGUAGAAUCAUGAGAUCAUCUGUCACGAAGGCUACUGGUCUUUUCCCAAGAAAGGAUGGCGUAAAACAUGAAGAAUUUGUUAAGUUGGGUGCUAACUUUUUCAGCUUUGAUGUUGCUGAUGAAGAUGCAUUUAGAAUCAUCUAUAAGAGAGAUUAUGAAUUGGUAACUAGAAAUGGUUUAACUGAAGAUCAAAAACAAGAAAUCAUUCAAGAAUCCAAACUUAUCUUUGAAGAAAACGCAAAAUUAAUUCGUGAAUUAGAACAACAUAACAUGGAUAAGGUUACUAAUACAUGGACUUAUUAUGGUAUUACAAGAGGGUAUUACGCUGCUUUGUUUACCCUUCUCUUGGUAGUUUUGCUUUACAUUAAGAAGCUCGCAUUGCAUUUCCUUUAG